AUGCCCACGUACACCGUCAAUACCCUGGGCCAGGCAGACUUUGACCUCGCCGACGCCCUGGAUGACCCCGAUCCCACCCCGAAGCCCAUCUCGGAUGAACAUCUACCUCCCGACGCCAGCCUCAACCCCAGCCCCAACCCCCGCCAGGCACAGGAGGGACCCGGAUGUAAGGACCCGGAUGUGGAGGCCGAGCUCCCAGGGCUGCGUCUCUCCUCCUCCUCCACCCCAGGUGCUGGCGACGAACACGUGAUCCACGGAGACCCUCCAGGCACGCUGGCCUGCCUCGUGUCCCCUGUUGUGUCCGUGGUGGUCGUGGCCCUAGUGAGCACCGCCAUCACCUACUUCUAA